AUAAUGUUUUUUUGUUUUUGGUUUUGAAAAGAGAAUGAGCAAGAAACGAAGCACCUGGAAGCCUUAGAAGGAGCCAAAACGAGGCUCCGUCUCUUUCAGAUGGAUCUCCUCGACUACACCUCCCUAUUCGCCUCCAUCAAUGGCGUCAGCGGCGUCUUCCAUGUUGCAUCUCCUUGCGUUCUCCAAGUUCAUGAUCCUCAGAAGCAACUGUUGGAGCCGGCUAUUGAGGGCACCAAAAAUGUGCUCAAGGCAGCAAAAGAGCUGGGCGUUAGGCGCGUGGUGCUGACUUCGUCUUUCUCCACCAUAAUUCCCAACUAUAACUGGCCGGCUGAUGUUGUCCUCAAUGAGGAUUCCUGGAGCGAUGUCGACUACUGCCGCCGCAAAGGGGUGAAUUUCCAGACCUUCUAUCUAAUUGCUCUGUUUUUGGUUCAGAUUAUGUAAUUAUUUUCAUUUUACUGUUUUAUUUAUUUAUUUAUUGAAGCUGU